CUAGCGGACAAAUCAAAUAACUUCUAUAUCAUCACAAUUCACAAGUUCAUUAUCAAAUGAAAUAAUAACAAAAUUAAUAUCAGUGGAAUCUCAAAAAAAUAAUCUUUUAAUGCGUUUUUGUCUGACCUAAAUUUGAUUGUUUUCCAAAAUAAUUUCAACCAGUGAAUAUAAUAGGUACUGAAAAAUGGACGUUGACAACGACCCGCUAGACCAAAACCUUUUACGCCAGUUCAAUUGUCUGUGCACAACAGAUAAAGAAAAUCUGGUUAAAGGUCUACGAGAAUUGAUCGGUGAACAACUCACAGAAUCUGACGCAGUUUUCUUCUUAGAGAUGAACGAUUGGUAAUAAAAUAUAAUAAUUAAUAAUGACACGUGUGUUGGAAUGUUCAAAUUUAUAAUAGUAAUGUUUAUUACAUUAGGAACAUGCACAGAGCUGUUGGCACAUAUUUUGAUAUUAACUCAGAUCAUACUGUAAUACCGUCCAUGUCUCUAGUUAGAGAUGAAAAUAGUGAAAAUGUCUUACAGUUGCCACCAAAUCUACGGUAAUAUAUUAUGUCUUUGUAUGCUAUAAAUGAUAAGACUGUGAGAUACUCAUAUUGUAUUUAUCUAAAAUGGUUCAUUUCAAAUUAUUAUAUAUGAUCAUUUAUCCAUCACCUGUUAACAUAAUAUGUUUUUAUUAUAGAUUUACUAAAUGUUGGGAAGUUAAGAAUAAUGGUCCAUUCCCAUGGCCACCUGGUUGCACUCUUCAAUUUAAUGGAGGAGACUUUAUAUCGGUCUAUACUUCAUUGCCAACUACUACACUUGGACCUGGGUGUACCAUGACUCUGAGCACUGAUUUAGUAACACCUUCUAAACCUGGUUCGUAUCAAUCUAAAUGGCGUAUGAUGACUCCAUCGGGAUCAUAUUUUGGAGGUAGACAAUUUUGAAAUGAAAUAAAAUAAUUUUAAAUUUUUUUCAAUUAUUAUACCUACUUUAUUAAUAAAAUUAUUAUAAUAUAAAGUAAAAAGUACAACAAAAUAAGGUCAAUACAUAUAUUUAAUAUUCUCAUUUAAAUUAAAUUAUGCCAAUUGAAAAUUAAAAUUUAUAUUACAAUUAGGUUUAUAAGGAAGCUAGACAUAAGGUGGUUAAAAUAUUUUUUUAAUAUAGUGUUAGUAGAAGGGAAAAUGUCAGACAAAUGAAGAAAGAGUUUUGUUAUAUCUAUUUUUAAAGGGAAGGGAGAUGUACAAGAGUGGGGAAAUUAUAGAGGAUAAUAUCGAUAAAUCAUAGUAUGAAAAUAUGGAGAGGGAAUGUAGAAAAGAGAAUUAAAAGUGAGACAUCAAUAUCUAAGAACCAGUUUGGUUUUAUACCAGGAAAAAUAACAAUGAUACUGGUAUUUUGUGUGGGACAGAUUAUAGAAAAAAACUGAGAAACAAAAAUAUAUGUAUGGCUUUUAUACAUUAAGUAUCGAUAGAUCGACUUUAAGCCUUUACCUAUUUUCUGUUGUAAUAAACGAAGUUACAAAGGAAAUACAAGAAGAGGCACCAUUGCAGAUGAUAUAGUAUCCUAUAUUGGAAAAAUCCAAUAUCCUUGAGGAAUGGAGUAGCACUUAAAGGAAAGGGACUAAGGACAAGUAGAAGUAAAACAGAAUAUAUAAAGUAUGAGUUUGGAUGAACAGGACAAGAUAGUUAAUGAUAAUAAGUAACGAGGAUAUUAAGCAUAGGAUUAAGUGUAGUUGGAUAAAGUGGAGAAGAACAUCAGGUGUUUUAUGUGACAAGAGAAUUCCAAUCUUAAAGGUAAUUUCUACAAGAGUGUGGUGAGACUUAUUAUGUUGUAUGAUUUGGAAUAUUUGAUGGUAGACAGAAAAAUAAAACAGAGAAUAAUUGUUGUAGCAGAGAUGAGAAUGCUUUGGUAAAUGAGUGGAGUAAUGAGAGAAGAUAGGAUAAGGAACAAGUACAUAAGAGGUAGUUGUUAAGCUUUAAUAGUGGACAAAAUAAAAUAGGAUGAGGUGGUUUAGACAUGUCAUGAAGUAAGAGUAAAUAAAUAUAGUACGAAUUAUAACAAAAUAUAUUUAGAAGAAAUGAGGGGGAUAGGAAAACUGAAAGAGGCAGUUGAAUGCAAUUGAUAAUGAUAUGAGAACAGCUGGUGUAUGCAAAGGCGAUACAAGGAAUCAGGUCCAGUAAAAGUUUAAAAUAAGGAUGGCAACUUUACUUGGCACUUAUUUACUGCAAUCAUAUUUACAGAAGGUAUUUUAGAAAAAUCAGUGUUCUUUUUUUAUAUAUUUGAAAUAUUUAAUUGUCUCCCUUCUUAAUAACACAAAUUAAAAUAAUUGUAUUAAUUAAUAACCUAACUUAUAUAGAAAAUAAUCACAAAAAACAUACUUACGAAAUAAAACUUUAAAUGAAUUAUUGAGAAUCUCCAUAUUUUUAAUAUAAGAUUUGAAAUGUAUUGAUGUAUUAGAAGGUUAGAAGAACAAUACAAACUUAUGGUGUUAAGAGUUUUCUUUAAAACUUACAACUACCUACUUUAGUUUUGGAUAUUCAAAUUGAGUUUAAUUGAACAUUAUUCUUUCACUUUAAUGAAAUUAACUUAUUAAAAUAGAUAUAAUUUGGACUCUAAUUCAAGUAGAAGUCAACGAUUCUGAUUCAUUCCAAAAUGAUUUAUCAAGACAGUUGGACGAAAGUAUUAACUUAGGUUCUUCGACACCUCAAACUCAACCCAAUGCCUUAAAUCCAUUUUCCACGCCACAACAAAAUCAAGGACUAAAUCAGGUAAAUAAUAAUAACUCAAAACACAAUUUGCCAAGAAUAUAUAUAUCAAAAGUUAAUUUUCACAUAACAAAAAUAUUUGUUUUCUUUUAAAGGAUACUGAUGAGUCUCAAACCAAUAUGGAAAGUGAUAUUUUGUGAUUAUAAAUUUGGUGGUUAGGAGUCAUCUCGUUUGGAUUUAAAUAUUUAAUAAUUUAAAAUUUUGUUACAUACAUUAUUAUAAUAAAAAAAUUAGUUUUAAAGAAACCUUUGAUUACUGAGAUGUAAUUGUUUUGAGGUUAAACAAAUUUUAAUUUCAAAAUUUAAAAUUUUAAUAACUAUGAAUAUUAUAAAUCUUAAAUGUUUUAUUUUAAAUUAAAUUUGAGGUAAUUAAUUAUGAUCAGGUGUCUGUUAUAUAAAUUGUACAGUAUAUAUUCUAUUGUUUUUUCAUGACAUUAUAUAUCUUUUGUUACAUAACAAAAUAACUAGUUUUUUUAAAUACAAUAAGGCAUUUUUUAAAAAUCGAAAUUUGCACUUAUAAGUACAUAUAAUGAGAGUUUAGUUUACAUAUAUAAUAAAUAAAACUUUUGGUCGGUUUACUUAAUUUUAUAUUUAAAUAAAAUACCACCUUAAUAUUAAAACUGCUCAAAAAAAGCUUUAAAUAUUUUGCAAUAUUAUUGAUUUAAAAACAACUAUGGACUUACUACAAACAUUUGUAUUGAUAAAAUGUAAUAAUAUAAUUAAUUAUGUAUAAUAAUAUAUUGUUGAACUGUUAAUUGUACAAAAAAGAAUGUAUGUUAUUAUUUCACAUUUCUUAUUUAUACAACAAAAAUUAUAUCUAUUUUAUUAAAAUAUGUUUAAUUCAUAAAUGCAUAUUCCUUUUCAUACAGCCAUUUCCAUUUGUAUUUUGGGAUAUGGAUCAUAAUUAGUCAACAUAAAAUCUUCAUAUUUAAAGUCGUCUAUACUCUCAACUUUUCUGUUGAUAACUAAUGUAGGAAAUGGCUUAGGUUUCCUUUUAAGUUGGGCACAAAGUCCAUCAAUAUGGUUUUGAUAGAUAUGGCUAUCACCCAAUGUAUGAAUGAAUUCACCGGGCUAUUG